UCAAUUCAUGUGAAAGCUUGUCAUUGCCAACAUCUGGAAUCAGUAUUUAACAACAGUUAUUUAAGUACUAAAAAUAAAUUUUCACGAAAAAGAAAACAAAUGACAAGUUGUUCAAUUAUUUUCCUCACACUUAUACUGUUAGAUGUUCUUUGUGUUGGUGAUGGUACACUUUCAAAAUCAGACAAGAAAAAAGUAAAGAACAAAAGGUCGAAAGAGUUACUCGUAAAGACAGUCUUUGAACGUGGAUUGGUCGCGGAAGAUGUCAAACCGAAGGAUAUUUUAAAGAACUAUGAGUCCUAUUGCAAAACUACUUUAGACGAAUCAGCAUCCGUCAACAGCUUAGCCUAUGUGACCCCAUGGCAUAGAAAAGGUUAUGAAAUUGCCAAGACUUUUGCUAAGAGAUUUGCCUACAUAUCUCCUGUCUGGCUUCAACUGAAACGAAGACGAACAGGCAACUUUGUGAUUGAAGGAACUCAUGAUAUUGAUGGUCAAUGGAUCAAAGAAGUUCAAACUUUGGGAAACAAUACGAAGAUUGUGCCCAGGUUACUGUUUGACAAAUGGAGCAGUUCUGACUUUCAUUCUCUCUUCAGUAAUGAUAAUGCAAUGACAGAUCUUGUUGCUACUGUUGUCAAUUUUAUAAAGGCUCAUGGUUUUGAUGGAAUUGUUCUUGAGUUGUGGAUGCAAUUCCAAGGGGGCUCCAAGCACGAGUUGUAUCUACUUGUGAGUCGUCUGGCAAACUCUGUCCAUUCUGCAAAUCUCAAAAUAAUCUUGGUUGUUCCUCCUCUUGAAAUCAGUGAUAGCAGGAGAAGUCAGGGAAUGUUCUCAAAAGAAGAUUUUGCACUUUUAUAUCCUGUUGUUGAUGGAUUCAGUAUGAUGACUUAUGACUAUUCAUCUCAUGGUGGGCAAGCUGGUCCCAAUGCUCCAUUAGAGUGGGUAAAGCAGAGUGUGAAAGCUCUAUCACCUGAAUCAAAUGAACAAAGCAAAAAGAUUUAUAUUGGGCUGAAUUUUUAUGGAAUGGAUUAUUCUCCAAGUGGUGGAUCAGCUCUCAUCGGAGAUAGGUAUAUCGAAUUGCUGACGAAACAUAAAUCAGACGGGACAUUUACUUGGGAAAAAACAAUUGGAGAGCAUUCCUUUUACUACAAGGCAGGAGGAAUUACACGUGUUGCUUUCUACCCAACACUAAAGUCUAUCAGUGAAAGAAUUAACCUAGCAAAAGAGCUUGGCGUUGGUGUUGCAAUAUGGGAAAUAGGACAGGGUCUUGACUAUUUUUACGAGCUACUUUAGUUUUUAACUUCUUUUACUUUCGUUUUGAACUGUUCUCGUUGUACAUACUACCAAGGUGCAAGAAUAACUGGUCACGUGACGAAUGCUUCAAUGAGGACUGACCGGGAACAUGUUUUAACUAUUUUGCCUACCGUAGUUACAAUGUUAAAUUAUUUGAAAGGAUAGUUAUUUGUGAAUUUGAUAGGUUUUUUCGAUCAUAAACUCUUUUCAUCGUUAUA